AUGGUGAUCCAACAGGUGGGCAGCAGGAGGCAAGUGGCAGCUGAGCUGUUUGAAAGGAGAAGGGGUAGUCGCUGUGAGGACAAGAAACAGACACUGUUGGCGUUGCUGAUCUUGGUGCUGUACAUGGGCACAGGAAUAUCAGGAAGAAGUUGGGAGAUAUCAGAAAGGAUCAGAGAAUGUAACUAUCCCCAGAAUCCUGUGGCUUCCCAGGGACUUGAAUACCAGACCAAUGAAUCCACAGAAGAGCCAAUAAAGGUCAUCAGGACCUGGCUGAAGGAAAAUUUGCACGUUUUCUUGGAGAAGCUAGAGAAAGAGGUGCGAGAGCUGGAGCAGCUGGUCCGGGACCUGGAGGAGUGGUUAGAUGCUCUUCUGGGAGAAGGGCACCUGGAGGAUCCCUGCACCAACUUCAAAAAUCACCUGUGA